GAAUUUACACGGGAGCACCUUGAUCUGUUUUUGAGUUCUGAAAUUAUUCUCCAGAAAUGUCCGAAUCACAAAAAAAUCCGAAUGGGACCCCUUCAAGUGAGACUGGUGCAUCGAUAACACUAGCAAUCCUAGGAUGUGGAAGCCUCGGAACUGCUCUAUUGUGCGGGAUACUAACGCACAUUGAAGAGAGCAAGAAAGCCAACUCAGCUUGUCCGGUAUCAAACCAACCCCAUGUACCAAACAAGUUCAUGGCUUGUGUCCGCACUGCUGCUUCUGCUGCACAAUUGGAACUCUCCCUUGCAGCUUACGACACAGAGGUAGCAAUCUAUCAUGGCGACCAGCGCGCUCCUCUUCACGAAGCCGACGUGAUCGUAUUAGCUUGUCAACCCGGAGACUUGCGAAGUUGUCUGGCCACCACCAUUAUCCGAUCCCAGUUACAAGAUAAAGUCCUCGUUAGUCUACUUGCGGGUGUUACAAUUCCGGAUAUCGAAUCCGUACUCCAAUCUGUAGGGGGUAAGAGUUAUUACCCUGCUACAAUUGCUCGGGCAAUGCCAAAUACUGCUUCCUUUGUCCGCGAGUCCAUCACAGUCAUCGAAACACCGGAAGCAACGUCAGCUAGCCAUCUACUUGCAAUCAAUUGGCUAUUUGAAUCAAUUGGCAAGAUCAAACACAUCUCUGCUACUAAUUUCGACACCUGCACAGCAUUGGGUGCAUCGACUCCUGCAUUCUUUGCGAUUAUCCUCGACGCAUUGAUUGAUGGCGCUGUUACACUCGGUCUGACGAGAAAGGAUGCUACGCUCAUGGCAGCACAAUCCAUGAAAGGAUGUGCAGCAUUGGUGCUGGCGGGAGAACACCCGGCCUCUGUAAAGGAGAAUAUUACCACUCCGGGUGGCUCAACGAUUAUGGGCGUGCUAGCGCUUGAACAGGGGAAUGUGAGAGCUGUUGUUGCCGGUGCUCUGAUUAAGUGUAAAGAAGCUGCUGAGGGAUUGGGAGCUCAGGCAAGAAAUUAGGCUUUGAUUGUUUCAGCUAUCAUAUUGAUGGUUAUUAAUUUUCUUUUCUUUUCUUUUCCCAUGGUAUGACCGAAGUGUGGAUUUGGAGAAGUUCUGCUGUGUUAUCAAUCGAUCCGAAAAAAUUGAAAGGAGUGGUUUGCGAGAUUUAUAUGUGCACGUGAUUUACCUUGGCUGGGUGGCAGAACAAGGCGGUGAAGCUGUACUACAACCUCA